UGUUGUUGAACCACGCGUCGAGAUUUGAUUCGUUGACGGAUCCUAACUGGACUCCACAUAUCGCCUCAGCAAAUCAAAUACCCGACUCUUACACAGCUCCGUUUUUUAGCUCCCAAAACACAAAUAACAGAGAGAGAGAGAGAAGCGAUGGGAAUCGAGCUUGAUCACGCCAAGGGAAUGCCCGGCGAUUGGCGCUCGGCGGCGCGUCCCUGCGACGGCUGCAAAUCGGUCGCCGCCUCCGUGUUCUGCCGAGUCGACUCGGUGUUCCUUUGCAUAGCGUGCGACUCGAGGAUUUACUCGUCGUCGCGGCACGAGCGCGUGUGGGUGUGCCAAGUGUGCGAGCAGGCUCCCGCCGCCGUCACCUGCAAGGCCGACGCGGCCGCUCUCUGCGUCUCAUGCGAUUCCGACAUCCACUCCGCCAACCCUCUCGCCAGCCGCCAUGACCGUAUCCCUGUCGAGCCCUUCUUCGACUCCGCCGUCGCUAAGUUAUCCUCCUUCCUCGGCAACUUCACCUCUUCCGCUGCCGUCGAUUUCCCCGCCACGACGGGCCAUUCCGAUGACCUUGGAGUGUGCCCGUGGCUGAUCCCCUUCGAUUUCAAUGAUAACAACAAAAUUAACAUCGACACAACUGCUGAAAUGAAAUCCUCUGACUUUGUUUUGUCCGAUUUCGAUCGAUUGAUCGGCUUUGAGUGCCCCAACUCGUUUCAUCCGCCGCAGAACAGCGGUGGAUCCGACAGCGUUGUCCCGGUUCAGACAAAACCCAGUCAUGUCUCAGCGACUAACACCGAUCACUGCUUCGACAUAGACUUCUGCAGAUCAAAGCUUUCCGCUCUCCGCUACCCGACUCAAUCCACCAGCCACAGUGUAUCGACGUCGUCCCUCGAGUUCGGCGUUGUCCCGGAAGGAAGCACCUCCCUGUCGGAAAUUUCGAUACCCUUUGGACGAAAUGUGAACGGGGGGUCGACAGCAACUGCCGGCGAUCCAAGCCCCUCAUUGUCGGUAGGAACCACGAAUCAGCAGAUAUGCGGUUCGGACAGGGAAGCUAGGGUUUCGAGGUACCGGGAGAAGCGGAAGAACAGGAAGUUCGAGAAGACGAUUCGUUACGCCUCCAGGAAAGCCUACGCCGAAUCGCGGCCGAGGAUCAAAGGCCGCUUCGCCAAACGCACCGAAGCCGACAACGACAACGACAUCGUUCUCGUCGGCCACGUGUACGCUUCCGCCGCCCAAUACGGCGUCGUACCGUCGUUCUGAUUCGGCGGUCGUGGUUCAAUUAUGCAAUCCUACGUUGGAAUGUUAUGUUAAGGCGCGAGUUAAAAUCUUCGGACAAUAUCAGCCGCUGAUCCCGCGGGAGCAUAUUAAUUAUAAUGAGCUUCACCGUAGAGGAACGUCUCAUCCUCUUCUUCAGCUCCCAGCGGAAAAGGAGCCCGUUUACAUUUUUUUUUUUUUUUUGUUUUACCUCACGGGCUGUUGCAAGCCCGUAACGUCUUUUUGGGUUUCCCCUGUUUUUACUAUAACAACAAGUUGUGGAAUUAUAACCUGUAAAAUCUAUUUCUCCGUUUCUAUUGGCAGACGUGUUGGGUUGUC